CCCUUUGUUUACUUCUCCUUAAAUUAAACAAAUCCCCCCUUCAAUUGUUUUUAAUCCAAAACCCAUAAUUUAUUCUCUCUUUUUUUAAAAAAAAGAGAUUUUUUUUAUUUUUAAUCUUUUGUUUUCCCUUGUUUUCUGUUGUCGUUUGAUACUGGCAUGGCUGGUCUUGAUCUAGGCACUGCUUCUCGCUACUUCCAUCAGAUUCACAGACCCGACCUUCAUCUCCAACACCAACCUGAACCCGAUGAACAAGAAGCUUCAAACAACCGUGUUGGUGCUCACUAUGGCUCGGCUGACCACCACCAAGACGAAGGCUCUCAUCAAGGGCUGGAUUUAGUCAACGCCGGCAACUCGGGUUCGGGUGACCUCGUUGCCCGUAGGCCCAGAGGUCGUCCUGCUGGUUCCAAGAACAAACCCAAGCCUCCUAUCAUCAUUACCAGAGAGAGUGCAAACACGCUCCGAGCUCACAUUCUUGAAGUUGGGAAUGGCUGUGAUGUGUUCGACUGUGUCGCCAACUACGCUCGGAGAAGGCAAAGAGGAAUUUGUAUACUCAGUGGGAGUGGAACGGUGACCAACGUGAGCAUUAGGCAACCAUCCGCGGCUGGAGCUGUAGUUACCCUUCACGGUAGAUUCGAGAUACUAUCGCUUUCGGGUUCGUUUUUGCCACCACCAGCUCCGCCGGGUGCCACUAGCCUGACAAUCUAUUUGGCUGGCGGGCAAGGCCAGGUUGUAGGAGGGAGUGUAGUCGGUGAACUGAUGACGGCUGGACCUGUUAUUGUCAUAGCUGCAUCGUUCAAAAAUGUGGCCUACGAAAGGCUGCCUUUAGAAGAGGAUGACCAGCUGCAGAUGCAAAACAGCGGCGGCGGCGAAAGCGGUGGUGGGAAUAACAUGUUUGUAGAUGCUGGAGCCGGCGCUGGAGGGUUACCUUUCUUGAAUUUGCCUCUCAAUCUGCCGCCUAAUGUCCAGUUACCCGUUGAAGGAUGGCCCGGAAACUCAUCAGGUGGUGGUGGUAGGCCUCCGUUUUGAGUCAAAAUGGGAAGCUUCGGAUUAAAAAUUCAAGCACUGUUUCAAAAAGCAGUUUCCAUUGGUGAUAAAAUCUGGAUUCUUGGAUCAUAAAAGGUCAGGAAAUUCAUGGACUAAUUACAAUCAUCAUCAUACCUUCCACUUCUUUCUUCCAUUUCCUAGGAUGUUGAUGUUAGUUCUUGAUCUUUGUUUUUACUUUUUUUUUUUUAAUUUCUUCGGAUUUUGGAAUCUAUGGUUUCUGGGAAUAGUCAUUUCUCAUGUUCAUGGUUUGAUGAUGUAUCAUUAAUUAACUAUUGUUGGAUAAUAUGAGUCACUGAGUUUUCAGUGUUAGUAACAUAUCAACUAGGGUUUCAAUU